GGGAUAAGAACAUCGCGAGAGUUUAUGUCGACAGGUGACUGGUUGUCAACAUUAGUUAUCACUUUAUUGACCUUUUCUUCUUUCUUCUUGCUAGACAUACCACGCUUUAAUCAAACGCUUAACUCCGAACUUAGAAGAAUGCAGCAGAGGUUAUACUGUUGUUAAAACUAUUCUGAAUACUUUUUUUAAUUUGCCUAUUUUUCUCUGAAGCAAGCAAACCAGCUAACGUUAGCUAACCAGCUAGCGCUGGCUUCCAUCCCUACACCCCGCCGGUGAACUUGUCCCGUAUCUUUAAGGGUUUUAUAUCAAAACCCGCGCUGACACGUCAGUGGUAAAUGUAUACUAUAGUGUUUUGAGUUACCGUCACGAUGUUGCCCACAUCCGUGUCGUGAUGCUAAGACUGACUGGUCUUUUCAGAGCAGUAUCGUUACGCAGGACCGCAUGCAGCGCCGCCGACGACAUGGCGAAGGGAAAGUUCUUCUACGCCGUGCAGAAGGGAUUCAAACCCGGCGUCUACACCUCCUGGGAUGAAUGUAAGAGCCAGGUGGACAAAUUCCCCGCCGCCUCUUUUAAGAAGUUUGCAUCUGAGAAAGAUGCCUGGGCGUUCUUCAGAGGGCUCGAUCCCGCUCCACUUCCAGAGGUGAAGAAAGCCGCUCAGUGCGUGGAGUCGGCGGCCGCUCUGCUUCCCAGAAGAGGCCCGGAGCCUCUGGAGUACAUCCCCAUCGGUAGGAAGAGGUGUCACUCCGACGAGGACGCCGAGUCCCGACCCAAACGAGUGAAACCGGCAGAGAGCUCGUCUUCAACGAGCACCGACGGGUUCACCUACAUGGGCGAUGCCGUGGUCGUCUACACCGAUGGCUGCUGCUCCGGCAACGGACAGAAGGGCGCCCGGGCCGGCAUCGGAGUGUACUGGGGCCACGACCACCCGCUAAAUGUGGCCGAGCCGCUGCAGGGACGACAGACCAACCAGCGGGCAGAAGUACAGGCAGCCUGCAAAGCGCUGGAACAAGCCAAAGAGAACAACAUCAAGAAGUUGGUCCUCUACACCGACAGCAAGUUCACCAUCAACGGUGUGACCAGCUGGGUGAAGAAGUGGAAGCUGAACGGCUGGCGGCUGAAGUCCGGCGGUCCGAUCACCAACAAGGACGACUUUGUGCAGCUGGACCGGCUGAACGGGGAGCUGGAGGUGGUCUGGAUGCACAUCCCGGGCCACGCCGGCUACCGAGGCAACGAGGAGGCCGACCGGCUGUCCAGAGACGGAGCGGCUAAGCAUCCGAGGCGCCCGUGAGCUGAGGGAACAUCUGCUCUUCUUCUGCUCCAUCGGCUGCUUUUAUUCGCUUAGUUUCUCUUCUGUUAAAUGUUGAUUUUUCUGUUCUAAAUAAAGUUUCUGCUUUGAAAUUCA